AUGGCCACACAUCAGUCUCCUCACGACACAGGCCUAGCCCUUGUGAGCGGAGUCGCUGGUCUAACAGUUGGUGACCAUCUUCAUUCACAAUCUGCGCAUCAAAUGACAUCGUCACCCUCGUUUGUUGACUCUCUCCCGCCCUAUCUCCGCAUGCGAGUCACCCAACUUCAAGCCCUCCAACGCCAACAGGAUAUUAUCCACACGAAGCUGCAGAGAGAGAUCCAGGCGCUUCAGAAGACAUACUGUCUCCAAUACUAUCCCCUUUACCAAAAACGCUUUGAGAUUAUUACAGGUCACACAGACCCCAGCCACGGCCAUGAACCUCUGGGCAUUCCGGAUUUCUGGCUGACGGCCAUGAAGAAUCACCCCGAUAUUGGGAUGAGGAUCAACGAGGAUGGCGAUGAGAGAGCGUUAAAAUACUUGACGAAUAUUCAAGUGGAGCACCUGGAAGACUUCGAUUUUGCUUUGAUAUUCCACUUUACGCCGAAUGAGUUCUUUUCGAAUUUGGCGCUACGGGCAACGUUCUCAUAUCAGAAGGAGUUUAUGGGGGACCGGCCGGAUCCGCUGGAGGCGAAGGGGGACCACAUAGAUUGGAAGCCGGGGAAACAACUCACUAGGCAUUGUGGAGGAAAUGAGAACGCGGACGAAGAAAAUGAAUCGGGUUCCUUUUUUGACUUUUUCUCUCCUACUGCCGUCCCAGCGGAAGGGGACAAGGAAGAAAGGGAGGAAGAUGAACUCCUGCUCUGGAUGGAUUUCGAAUUGGCAGAGCUGUUCAAGAAUGAGCUGGUCCCGAGAGCAGUGGAAUGGUAUACUGGGGAUGCUGAAAGUGAAGACGAGGAUGAGGAUGACGAUGACGAUGACGAUGACGAUGAAGGCAGCGAAGACGACAGUGAAGACGACAGCGAAGGCGACAGUGAAGGCGACAGUGAAAACGACAGUGAAAACGACAGUGAAAACGACAGUGAAAACGACAGUGAAAACGAUAGCGAGGACGAUAGCGACGGAGACCGCGAGGACGACAGCGAAGAUGCGGAAGAUGCAGAGAAUAGUGAUGAGGCCAGUCGCCGGCUUCGACAACGCCGGCAACUGCAGAUGCCACAGCGGCGCAUGUGA